AUGUUCCGUGCAAACGCAGCACUCAACAAUAACCCACCUGGAGCGGCCUAUCCACCGAAGGGUCCUAGGAAGAACUACGAAGGCCCAGCACAUUGUACACUGGCUGCCCUCCUCAAAAGAUCCGUCCCGCUGACCGACGAGGACAUCAUCGUAUUCGCCGAUCGUGAAGGAAACUGGCCCCUGGAAUAUGUCCCCGCAGACCCACUAGCAAAAGGAGGACUGCGUGCCUACGUCUGGAACGAAAGUAGACCGGACCCUCAAACCCAUCUGGAAGAAUCAUUAACCCGCUGCCCCGAACUCGGCAAAUGUAAGGAUUUGGAAGUUUAUUUCCUGAAAAACGCUCGUGCCCAAAACGUUCCGCGCAAAGAUCCGUCGCUGCCCAGUGGCAGAUGCAACCUGUGUGGAAGUCACUACUUUGGAUUUGACAUGAAUGACCACAAAGUCAGAGGAUGCCCGUUCAACAAGCUCAGCCCUGCUCAGAGACUUCGCUUCCAGGCUAUCAAUAACCUGGCGUACUGCCAACACUGCCACUCCAGAAGCCCAGAUCACACCAAGUCACGUCAUUGCUCACCGAGGAAAUGUGAGAACUGUGGAGACUUCGGCCAUCAAAUGGAGCAAGCGAUAUGUGAAGAAAAUAUCGGAAUCGAUUCAACCUACUGGCAAGAGCAACAAGAACGUUACGUCAAAACCUCGAGAAUAAAAUCUAUCGAACGCAUCCAGAAAGCAGCAAUCACAGGUCAACUCAAAUAUGCCACGUAUCUCGACAGCGCCGACACCUUGAUCUGCCAACGUGUACGAGAAAGAGCCGACAUCGCAGGAUGGGGUCCGUUCUUUGACGACGACAAGCAAUUUCCCAGGCUGGCCUUCUACCACUACAUUAACAACAGGACAAAUGCACCGGUUCACUACCCGACUUUAGUCCCGGCGGAAUACGAUGUCAAUAAGAUCUUGCCUACCCCGCAGUUGACACCACCGGAAGCAGCAUAUCUGAUGGAAGUAGCGAAAGCUGUCACAACCUACAGACAGACUAAAGAUCGUGCCAACACUCGUGCACCGACAUGGCCCGCUGGUUUGGCUGCCCAGACGUAUACUCCAACCGUCAGAGACCGCGAAGGCUUCAAGCCAGUAAAACAGUCUCCGCCGCCGGAAACUUGGACCCAAGAUCAAUGGAACGAGGUGGAGCAAGAUUGCAAGGUCACCGACGAGUGGCACAUAUUCCAAGAAAGUGAAGACACAACCCAUCCGAACACGCUCACCGACAGAGCAGUGAGAUACAGACCGGGAGAAGGAACAUCAGGAGCUCCAACGCUGCCCCCAGCAGACGAUGAAGCGGACGAGCAACUUGCCGCCGAUGAAGCGGACGAGCAUCCUGCAACCGAUGAUGCGGAGGAGCCUCCUACAGUCGAGGACACGGAAGAUCAGAGACAGAAUGAGCUGACGGAGAUUAAUAACCUUGGACCAGCCAUGUGGCAUUGUGACAAAGUCAUCAUCAUGGACGAAUUCCCAGCACGCCCAGCAUUCCAAGAGGUUCCAUUCUACCUGUUCCAACAACUACCGGAACCAGUCGACAAAAGAACACUGAUCAUCCGCAUCGGAGCAAUUCAAUACCUUCUCACCGGACAACAAGAUGCUAGACAAGGAGUCUACUCGGCUGCCCCCAUCGACGAGAUCGAAGAAUACCUCAAAGCAAUUGUCAACUGGGCCCGCUUUUUGAAGCAAGAAGACUGGACACUGGUCCAAUUUCAAACCAGAUACCAUCUCGCCGCGUGCGGACGCAUUACGAUUGGAGAGUGGACAGACGCUGCCCAAAUCCCUGCAUUUGACCUAUGGCAGAGACAAGAUGUACAAGCUGCCACUGCAGCCAUCUUCAGACCGAGAGUCUUCCGCGAACAAAACCACCCGUUCGAUAACAUCCCUCAAUACAUACGUCCAUGGUUUGACUUCAAUAUCCCGCAGGAAUCCCAGGCAAUGCCAAACUCAGAGCUUCAACAUCAGGAGGAAAUGAGACUGGCCGCUGCCAUGCAAAAGGAUACACUGGUGUUUAGAGACGGAACCCGCGUUCAUGACAUCAUCAAGCUCGAAUUCACGAUCACGAAAAACCCACCGGCUGCCCUCAAGGCGUACCAGGCGCGAAAUACCUGGAUGCAGCAACAACUGACAGGACUGAAACCCAAAGACGUACUCGUAGGCUUCGAACCUAACGACGUGAAGCAAUACUAUCGCUUUCUCCUGGCUGCCACCCACUGGCUCUGGAAAGUCAGAAAGACAAAAAUGAUCGUGAACGUCAUAGCAUCCAGCUGCACACAGCAGAUCGCAAUUGGAAACGCAUCCGGCCACCAGAUGUUUAUCCCGACCUUUUCGCUCUUCGUGAGACGCCGCAGUGAGGUCCUUGACUGGGAGAGUUUCGGUAGACGCAAUCACAACCUACCGAAGUUACCACGUAACAUACGAGCAUCAAAAACGCACUUAGCUCAUGGAAAACACAAAUUUCCACUCUCGUCAGACCAAUCACGAUUCUACGGACAUACAUCUCAUCAUGGAUUCCUCCAUAAUCCACCCACGGACAUACAGCCCCUCGCGGCUGCAAUACCUUCAAUAGGAAUCAUGGAUUUCCCUACAAUCCAUUAA